UUCGUCGCCAUUUUUGUUGUUUUUUUGACAAAUAACAGUGAUUUUUUUAAUUAGAAUUAAAUCUUCCAAUUUUUUGACUCUCGUCUCCCACAUCUGGUCCGUAGAAGCUCUCAACAAUGGCGGUCAGAGCAACUGUUUCUCGAUUUCCGAUGGACACGGAUGCUCAAGAGGCCGGAGGUGUGCCAUGGGGAGUAACAGCCACGCCGUUCGCGACAACGGACGAGAAUGGAAACCCUCCCGCUUAUGGCCCUAAUGGUCACCUUCUCCCUCGUUGUGAGAAUUGUUGGGCUUACUUCAAUACCUACUGUGAAUUGGAGCAGUGGGCAUGGACUUGUGUUCUCUGUGGAACCCUAAAUGGUCUUUCUUCGGAGGCGAUCUCUCGGUACUCUCAUCCGCAAUCUUGUCCGGAGAUGACGUCGUCUUUCAUUGAUCUCGAGAUGCCGGUUGAGGGAUCCGAAGGAGAAACAAUGCAGGCUCGUCCGGUCUAUGUUGCAGCAGUGGAUUUGUCCUCUUCUGAAGAGUUUCUGGAACUUACUAAAAGUGCUCUCCUAGCAGCACUGGAAGCUCUUGGGCCAGGAUCACUGUUUGGACUUGCUACAUUCAGCCAUAAAAUAGGAUUGUAUGAUGUGCAAGGGCCUAUACCAGUUGUAAAGAACAUUUUCAUUCCCCCAGAUUCAGAUGGAACAUUACCAAUGGAGCUGGAAGAUGUCAUGCCCUUGUUAUCCUUUCUGGCUCCUGUGGAAACUUGUAAGGACCGUAUAGCAGCUGCCCUAGAAACACUAAAACCAACAACUUCCUGGGAAAGAACAACUGCUGCAGGACAAGGAUUAGAUGGCGUUUUGUUGGGUGGGAGAGGUUUUGGGGUAGCUAUGGAAGCCCUGUUCAAUUACCUUGGAUCAGAAUAUGGAAAUACAUUUGCCUUAGCUAGGGUCUUUGCCUUCAUGUCCGGUCCUCCUGAUUAUGGAGCUGGACAGUUGGACACUAGAAGAUAUGGCGAGCAGUAUGCUAGCAAAGGAGAGGACGCAGACCGUGCUUUACUUCCUGAGCAGACUCCUUUCUACAAAGAUCUGGCUGCUGUGGCUGUUCAAUCAGGUGUUUGUGUGGAUAUAUUUGCUGUGACAAAUGAAUAUACAGACUUGGCAUCUCUGAAGUUUCUUAGCAUUGAAAGUGGUGGGUCAUUAUUUCUAUAUUCAAAUACAGAUGACUCAACACUUCCUCAGGACAUGUAUCGGAUGUUGAGUCGUCCGUAUGCAUUUGGUUGCAUUCUUCGCUUGAGGACUUCUUCUGAAUUUAAACUUGGUCGAUCUUAUGGCCAUUUCUUCCCUGAUCCACAGUAUGAAAACGUUCAACACAUUAUCUGUUGUGAUUCUUAUGCUACAUAUGCUUAUGACUUCAACUUUGCCAAUAAUUCUCAAUUUUCAAGACACACAUCGGACCUUCCUACACUACAAAUUGCUUUUCAGUAUACUGUUGUUGUCCCACCAGAAGAGCUUGCAAAUUUGGAAGUGAAUUCUGCAAGUAGAUCUAAGCAUAUCCUCAAACGUCGAUUGAGGAUACGAACUGUACAAUAUUCAACUGCUGGAAACAUCAAUGAACUUUAUGACAGUGUUGAUCCUGAGGUUGUUCUGUCAAUCCUUGUUCAUAAGGUCAUAUUAGCCUCUUUGGAGCAAGGAGUCCGGGAAGGCAGGAUGUUACUCCAUGAUUGGCUAGUAAUCCUAACAGCUCAGUAUAAUGAUGCCUGUAAACUUGUUCACAAUGAGAAUGGAAGUUCAACUUCUCAUAUUGAUGUAGCAUUCUCACAAUGCCCUCAGUUGCAACCUGUACCUCGCCUUGUAUUUGCUUUGCUUAGAAGUCCUCUUCUUCGCUACCAUGAAGAAGGUGUUCAUCCUGACUACCGUAUAUACUUGCAAUGCCUUUUCAGUGCCCUGGAACCAAGUUCUCUUCACCGUGCUGUAUAUCCAGUACUGACAUCAUAUGCUACACCAGACAAGCAUGCAUACCCCCGACACUCUUUGAGUCGUGCUGCACUUAUAACCAGCGGAAGUCCAAUAUUUUUCCUAGAUGCAUUCACAACUCUCAUUGUUUAUUAUUCUUCAACUGCUGACGCCACACUUCCUUUUCCUCCUCCACAUGAUUGCUUAUUGAGGAGAACAAUUAACAAAUUGAAGCAGGAGAGAAGUAUCACACCAAAGCUAAUAUUUAUCCGUGGAGGUCAAGACGAUGCAACUGCAUUUGAGAAUUAUCUUAUAGAAGAACAAGAUGUUGAUGGAAGCGGUCUGACUACUGCAAUGGGUUUUGUUUCCUUCCUUGAAGAGAUCACCCGUUCUGUCUUGGAAUACAUGAAAUAAACGACAGAUUAGUCUGUUACAAGAUAAAGGAAAAAUUACAUCUUGAUCAAUCGUUAAGAACAAGGAAAAAUGUGCAGAUUUUUUAUUUUGUAGCUUCCAAUUGUUCCAAUCAAAAUUAGUUUUUUUGUACUAUCAGCAUCCAUAUUGAGGGUGGGAGUGAAGGUGAAUACACACAUCAUUUAGCCAGAUGAUUCUCAAUUUGUAAUACCCAUGAGCCGUGUGCUCAAGCGAAUCCGAUGUUUUUGUAAAACAGAGCAGCAAAGAGAACAGAUGAGGUGUAAAUUUUAGCCAAUGUAGGUGCAAGUCUGUUGACAAUGUCAAUAUAGCACAUAUAAGAGAAAGUUCUGCAUUGUA